GAGGGACGUGGGGCUGUGCGGGCUGCUCAGCGAGGUGGCCAACGCCGAGGAGGAGGCGCUGCGGUGGGUGACGACCGCCUCGCGCUGGGCGCUCGCGCUGUGCGCUCGCGCGGCCGCGCUCCACGGAUCCCUCUUCCCGCACCUCUCGGUGAGUUUGGGCUUCCCACCUCGUUCCCGCAGCGAGGACAUGAUCGCGGAGUUCUCCCAAGCCGUGGACUGGGCCGGCUGCAGCAUCCGCGCCUUCGCGUGGCACCCGCACACCAGCAAGUUCGCGGUGGCUCUUCUGGACGACUCCAUCCGCGUCUACAACAGCAGCAGGUCCCGGUGCUCCGCGCGCGACGCUCGGACACACGGAGCCCUCCUUAGGCGACGACUCUCCCGGCUCCUUGUGAGGCCCCCCCGGCUUUUCCGCCUCGGGGGGUUGUCCCCUAGCUGGGACUUCAAGCCAGCGAGUGCCAUGUGCCACCGCGGGGCCGCGCCGCGUGAUGACACGAGGGUGUGGGAGGCGCAGACGUGGACGUGCGAGCGGUGGCCGACGCUCCGAGGACGCUGCCAGACGGGGUGCUCGAGCAGGGUGUGGGAGGCGCAGACGUGGACGUGCGAGCGGUGGCCGACGCUCCGAGGACGCUGCCAGACGGGGUGCUGGAGCCCCGACGGCAGCCGCCUGCUCUUCUCCGUGCUGGGCGAAUCCGUCAUUUAUUCCCUGUCCUUCUCCGAGUACAGGGGAGAGAUGCAAGGGCAGGUGGGAGGAUCCAAAACCGCUUCCAUCGUGGCCGACCUGUCGGAAACCACCUUCGAGACGCUGUACGGGGAGGAGAGGAUCGGCGGAGAAGUGACCGCCAUGGCCUGGGACCCCAGCGGGGAGAGACUCGCCGUGAUCAUCCGAGGCCCGGAACCGCCGGGGCCUCUUGGCUCCCUUUCUGGAGCAGCCCUUGGGAUAAUGGGGCUAUUCAGGCCCUCCUGGCUGCAGCGCGGCCCGAAUCCCCCUGGAUACAAAGGGCACCUUUGA